CUAGUAGUCAUAUCAAUUCAAAGUUGUAGAAACUAAGGUCUGCAAUCAUGUUUAAAGUCCUAUAUACAUACCAAGCCUCCGUAGAUACAGACAUCAAUCUUUCUGUCGGUGAUACCAUAACAGAGGUCGAAGAUGUUGGUAAUGGCUGGUCCAGGGGACUAAAUAUGUCAAGUGGCAAAACUGGAACAUUUCCAACUAGUUAUAUUGCCAGAAAUUUGUCAUUCAAAGACAAGGUCAAAAGGAUGUCAAUGGCGAGGAAGACGACUGACGAACUAGAGAUAAUGUAUAAAGUAUUAUAUGCAUACCAAGCCUCCAUAGAUACAGACAUCAACCUUUGUGUCGGUGAUACAAUAACAAAGGUCGAGGAUGUUGGUAAUGGCUGGUCAAUGGGACAAAAUGUGUCAAGUGGAAAAACUGGGACAUUUCCAACUAGUUAUAUUGCCAGAAAUUUGUCAUUCAAAGACAAGGUCAAAAGGAUGUCAAUGGCGAAGAAGACGACUAACGAACUAGUGAUGAUGUCGAAAAACAAGCGAGAAAAUACAGAAACUUUGGUUCCUCAAAUCAAGGCCAAAAUUCCUGAUCAUGUCUUACAAAGAAGACUAACUCGUGUUCCUGAACAUUCAAAUAUCAUAGAAACUAAACUUUCUAAAAUGGUUCCCAAGCCAGUCAAAUCCUUUGGAAACAACCUGGUCAACAGUAGCCGUGGAGAACAUAGGAUUCUGAAAGCCAUCUUUGGGAUAAUUGGAGGUUUUAUUGCCUGUGGAAUCCUAUUUGUUCUUUUACGAUACAGUUAUGAUUAUUCUCUACAAAACUCUUGCUACAUAACACUUGGAUUAUCUCUACCCAUAUGUGCAGCAUUAGCCCUGUCUACACACAUGAGAUGCAUCUUUUUACUAAUGGUUCCAAACCUGUUCACUGGAAAAGGACGAGCUGUAUUUAUGUCCAUUAUUUUCGCCAUGUUACUUGCUGGUCCUGUAGUCAACAUUGUAUACAAUGCAGAGCAAGCAUCACAAUCAAUGGCCUGUACCCAGGAACUGAUCUAUAACCAGACUUAUAUCCUCAGAAGACAACUAGAAGAACCAAUCAGAAGAAUAGAACGGAAAAUUUAUGAAGGCCUUGUCAAACUGAGGAACAUUGCAAAUUCUAUCAAAAGUGCUAUUGCACCAAUUACUAAUGCAGUUAAAGUUUUUGUCAAUGGUCUCAACGCAGCUAAGAAUGCACUAGGAAAUGCAGCCAAGGAAUGUAGUGAUGGAGUGAAAACUGCCCAGUCUAGAUGUGAGAAGGGAAUAAACAACGCUAAAUAUGAGUGUGAAAAAGCACUCAGAAACGUAGACCCUACAGAUAAAGUCAUCAAUUUUGGGAAAGACGUAGUCAAAACUGGGGAUUCAGUAGUGAGGAAAAUAGACAAUACUUUCCGUAGUUUCUUUGGGAAAAAAAGGAAAAGAAGGAGGGCUAUGACAGAAAAAGAGAAAAAUGCAAUAAAAUUAGCUAAACAGUUGAUGGAACAAGAUACACCAUUACAAAGAUAUGGUAUUUACCUAAACUCUAAGAAUGAUGAUAGCAUAACCAAUAACACCAGACUGCAUAAACAACGUGCACUGAAAAGGUAGGUUAGAGAAUAAACAUAAACCACAUGCACUGAAAUGGUAGGUUAGAGAAUAAACAUAAACCACAUGCACUGAAAUGGUAGGUUAGAGAAUAAACAUAAACCACAUGCACUGAAAUGGUAGGUUAGAGAAUAAACAUAAACCACAUGCACUGAAAUGGUAGGUUAGAGAAUAAACAUAAACCACAUGCACUGAAAUGGUAGGUUAGAGAAUAAACAUAAACCACAUGUACUGAAAUGGUAGGUUAGAGAAUAAACAUAAACCACAUGUACUGAAAUGGUAGGUUAGAGAAUAAACAU